AUGGCACAAUUCUCCACCCUGCCAGCUGAGUUGCGUCAGCUUAUUUGGGAAUUUACGCUUCCAGCGCGAGUCGUUGAGAUGGGAGAACCGUGCGACCCAGAUAUCAUACCAGAGAAAGAUCUCAGACAAGCUUGGAUACUUAACAAAAAGCAUCCAGCCAUUGCUUAUGUCUGUUGGGAAUCCCGCCAAAUUGCUUUGGCCAAAUCCAAGCUCCCCAGAGGAGUUACUCUUGCGCCGGAUUCUAUCACAGACGCUCGAUGGUGGUCGAAAUCUACUGACAUUAUUCAUUUCAAUGCUCCCCCUGAGAUUAUCAAUGCUGCACAAAGAUGCAGGCUCGCAGAUGAUCUGCUUGACUUGAUGAAAGUUCCUAUUCUGCGCAAAAAAGUCUCUAUCAAUGCGGACAUCGUCCACCCUUUUCUGCGUUUCCGUAAUAGGUCCGAUCUCCCGAGGUCCUUGGUAUGGGAAGUAAUUUGCUCAAUGAAGACAUGCAUUAUCUCCCUACACACCGUCUGUAUUCGAGCUACCGUCGAGCAAGCUCGAGAGCUGGGCCUCUUUGGCAACGGCGACGAGCUAGCACAGUUGAUCGACCCAUUUGACAAGGCAGCUAUCCAACGAUUCAGACAGCUCUGGAACAACACAAAAAAAGAAGUAUCCUCAGUCAAGUUCUUCGACACAAUCGAAACUGGAAGAUUUACCUUUCGAGUCGAAAGGUGGCUCGCGGAGAUGUCAGCGGAGUACAUCCAUUUCAAAUGGACUAGUCCACCGUUUCCAACCCCAAGCCCACGGGAUAUAACUGCGUUACUUCGUCGAUACCCAGAUCAAAGACACAGCCCUGAGGCCAGACUAUAUCUCGUUGGAUUUCCCGCUCUGGAGCUGAGGAUCAUGUUUCGACUCUGCCCUCCUGUAGUGGUCGACCAGGUGAUUACAUAA